GUUCUCUACCCUCCAGGACCCCAAGCCUGAGGGCGUGUACCCAGAGAAGGGGCCUGCUAUCGGGGGCACGGAUAGCAGUAUUACUAAUGUAUUGUAUUUGUAUUGUGUUGUGUUUGUGUACCCUCCAGGACCCCAAGCCUGAGGGCGUGUACCCAGAGAAGGGGCCUGCUAUCGGGGGUACCAUCAUCAGCAUCAGUGGGCAGGACCUGGAUACCGCAUCCCAACACGACAUCAGCAUCACCAUAGGAGGAGUCCCAUGCACUGUCUUGUCGUUUGGUGAGGUGAUCACCUGUAAGACGGGUAAGUACAUGGGUCAGCGCAUCCCCACCGACCGACUUCCUGUCACCGUGCAUUAUGGGAAGGCCACCACUAAAGAGAUGGCCGCCAGCUUCCAGUACGCCGAGGACCCCAAGAUCUCCGAAUACCUCCCCAAAGCCAGCUUUGUAUGUGGAGGGCGUAACAUCACUGUGAUCGGCUCUGGCUUUGACCUCAUCCAGCACGCUGCCAUGGUGGUGCUGAUGUCCACAGACGACCCCAACAGUCAGCCCAUAAAGUUCCUUGAGGACGUGGUGAUCAAGAACGACUCUGUGUUGCUGUUCCGCUCGCCUCCCGUUCCCGAUGGCCAGGGGCUGGUGGACGUGGCGGCGCUGAGAACCGAAAUACAGCUGGACGACCUGCAGGUGGCGCUGGCCAACUUCCACUACCACCCCAACCCCACGUUCGACCAGCUGGCCAAGAACACCAUCUCAGAAACAUCCAUCAUCAGCGUCUCGGGUCGUGGUUUCUCCAAAGCGAUGACGGCUCGUGAGGCGGAGGCAUACGUAGGAGACGUCAGGUGCAACAUCACCAUCCUCAACGAGGACAAACUCUUCCUGGAAGCCCCCUCAACACACCCCAAAUCACGAUCACGACCCCCACGACAACGCAGAGAUACCAGCUCACAACCCCUAGACCUACUGAUUAAGUUUGGUAAUGGGGAGUGGCUGGUGGGGUCUGUUCAGUACGAGAGGAAGUAUGAAGCUCCGCUGGCCGCCAUCAUCCCUGGAGUCCUCAUCCCCAUGGUGCUGUUCAUCAUCUUCUCCGUCUACUGCUACAGGAGGAAGAGUCAGCAGGCUGAGAGGGAAUAUGAGAAGGUCAAACACCAGCUGGAGAACCUGGAGGAGAGCGUACGGGACAGAUGCAAAAAGGAGUUCACAGACCUGAUGAUUGAGAUGGAGGACCACACCAGUGACCUGAGUGAGGCGCGUAUCCCCUUCCUGGACUACAAGAACUACACGGACCGAGUCUUCUUCCUCCCGUCCAAAGAUGGCGCUAACGACGUCAUGAUCACCGGACGCCUCGACAUCCCAGAAGCCCGCCGGGCCACCGUGGCCCAGGCCCUCAACCAGUUCUCAAACCUACUCAACAGCAAGACCUUCCUCAUCAAUUUUAUCCGCACGUUGGAGAGUCGUCCGGACUUCAACCCGCGUGCGCGCGUCUAUUUCGCCUCCCUCCUCACGGUGGCGCUACACGGUAAGCUGGAGUACUACACGGAUAUCAUGAGGACCCUGCUGCUGGAGAUGAUGGAGGAACACGUGCAGAGCAAGAACCCCAAACUCAUGUUGCGCAGGUCUGAGACGGUGGUGGAGAGGAUGCUGUGCAACUGGAUGUCGAUCUGCCUCUACCAGUGCCUCAAGGACACAGUAGGAGAGCCGCUAUAUAAGCUGUUUAAGGCCAUUAAGCAUCAGGUGGAGAAGGGACCGGUGGACGCCAAGAUGAAGAAAGCAAAAUACACACUCAACGACACGGGCCUACUGGGGGACGACGUGGAGUACUGCGUACUGACGCUCCAAGUCCUGGUCCAUGGCGAGGGUCCAGACGUGACUCCAGUGAAGGUUCUGAACUGUGACUCUAUCACACAAGUCAAGGAGAAGAUCAUCGAACAGGUCUACAGGAACCUCCCUUACUCACAGAGGCCGAAAGUGGAGAGCGUAGCAUUGGAGUGGCGUCCUGGGUCCACGGGGCAGAUCCUGUCAGACCUGGACCUCACUUCACAGAAGGAGGGCCGAUGGAAAAGAGUCAAUACGCUGGCACACUACAACGUGCGGGACAAUGCCACCCUGGUGCUGUCUAGAGUUCUACACACACAGCAGUCCUUCGACCAGAACCAGGACAGCCAUGAAGAACGCAACGCUCUGCUUGAGGAUGACAAGACGUUCCAUCUGGUGCGACCAGCUGACGAGCUGGAAGAAGUCAAGUCUAAACGAGGAGGAAGCAUCAAAGACAAGGCCACUACCAAAGCAAUCACCGAAAUAUACCUCACCAGACUGCUGUCCGUUAAGGGGACGUUGCAGCAGUUUGUGGAUGACUUCUUCAGGAGUGUGUUGUGUUCCGGCGCGGUGGUGCCCCCUGCUGUCAAGUAUUUCUUUGACUUCCUGGACGAGCAGGCGCAGAAAUAUGACGUGGACGAAGAAACCAUACACAUAUGGAAGACCAACAGUCUUCCUCUGCGUUAUUGGGUGAACAUCCUGAAGAAUCCUCAUUUCAUCUUCGAUGUCCAUGCGUCAGAGGUGGUGGACGCGUCUCUCUCCGUCAUCGCUCAGACCUUCAUCGACGCCUGCACCAAGACGGAACACAAACUCACCAGGGAAUCUCCGAGUAACAAGCUCCUCUAUGCAAAGGAGAUCUCCACAUACAAGAAGAUGGUGGACGAUUACUACAAGGGCAUCCGCCAGCUGGUAUCAGUCAGCGACCAAGACAUGAACACACACCUAGCGGAAAUAUCACGGUCCCAUACGGACACGCUGAAUACCCAGGUGGCUCUGCAUCAGCUCUACCAAUACGCCAGCAAAUACUACGACGGGAUCAUCGCGUCUCUGGAUGAGGAUCCGGCCGCCCAGAGCAAACAGCUGACUCUCCGACUCCAACAGAUCGCCGCCGCGCUAGAGAACAAGGUCACCGACCUCUAAUGAAGGUCACGACCUCUACGGGGGGUCACCUGGGGGUCAUCAAUCUCUACGAGGGGGUCAUCUGAUAGUCAUUGAC